AUGGUUAUAGAAAGGCCAAAGUUACAAGAUGAUCAAAGAAACAAAGUUUCCCAAUGGCUGUUAGAGCAUAGCAGUGAAGGCAACCUUCGCCAUGGAGCAAAAAAAGAGGCGGCAUUUCACUUCAAAGUAAACUUGAAGACCAUUUGGAGAAUUUGGAGCCAAGUCUCCAAUCAAAGAGCAUCCGGUAUAUCUGUCCAGGUUAGAUCAAUUAGAAAAGGAUGUAUACACAAGGAUAAGAUUCUCAUUGAUGGUGAAAAAGUCAAAAAACUUUCAGUUUUAGAAAGAAGUACACUGAGAUGCAUGUCGACUCACCUAGGAGUGUCUAAAUCUUUGCUUCAUCAAUGGGUGAAGGAGAAAAAACUGAAACCACAUACAAAUGCCAUAAAACCCUUCCUUACCACACAAAACAAGCUAUGUAGGCUUAGGUGGAGCCUUAAACAGCUCAGUGGGGUAAGUGAGGAUGGUUUUAUACCAUUCCAAAGUAUGUACAACACCAUCCACAUAGAUGGAAAAUGGUUCUAUCUUACCAAAACCAAUGAUAGAUACUACCUCCUGCCCGAUGAGGAAGAACCACAUAGGACAUGCAAAUCAAAAAGGCAUAUUGAAAAAAUCAUGUUUAUGUGUGCUGCUGCGAGGCCUAUCAUUGAUGAAGAUGGCACAGUCAUAUUCGAUGGAAAGUUAGGCAUCUAUCCUUUCAUAACCACAGAGCCAGCAUAA